GUGACAGAUCUCAUUUCUUCCCUUCAUCAGUCCAUUGAACGCAUAGGAAAAAUAAACACUCACCCUUUUGUAUUAUUUGUUUAAGGGAUACCCAUUCGGAUGAUUAAUUUAAAACCGGAUUUUGAGCAAACGCGCUGUGUACAUUUUAAGCUUGCACGAGGAAUGGUGUUGUAAUAAACGCAAUUAAGUGGUGAUUGUGCUUUUCUAUACGAACAUGGACUUAUAUUUGAGGGCAACUGUUUUCUUGGCGAGUCUGCUCUGCUCAGACUGCUUGGCCCAAAUGGUUGGGCAGACAGCGCAGACAAGAGGAUGCAAAUCGAACAUGGUUGUUUCCAAUUUUCCACACACAGAGAGGCCAACGUUUGACUCGUCUGGCAUGGCAUUGGAGUGUUUCAACACCGCUCGGGAUUGCACAAAGGUUUCCCUGGCGCGUGCCUUCCCCGACCUGUACAACCUCUCUGAAUGGACGCCACCCAGGGUGGCGCGCGUUCGCCUUACCCCGUUCUGUCGCCUUGACAACGAGCAGGUCAACCAGUCCGGGGUCAUUAUGGAGUGGGGCAUUCCAGAUAACUCCGGAGCGCAGCAUCUAAAGGGGUUCGGUAUCCGCGUGGAGGAGAACUGGUGGCGAUCCAGCUGCUACGUCAUCAGACUCGCCGCCCAGGUGACGCGGGAAAAUGGGAACUCGACGUUCCGGGGCGAGUUCUACCCGUUGUCAAGAGAUACACAUGUGUUUGUGUACCUGAGCACGCUGCCCUCGUCGUUGACCUCCGAGGAGACAGUGGAAUUCAACGUCUCCACCACCAAGUGCGAACGACCGAACAGCUCUAACGUGUGGUGUCCGAAUGCAUCAAGUUUCUAUGGCAUCUAUGACGUUAUCAAUAAGACACUAACCAUCCGUUUCGAGGCGGCACCGUUCCCUAUUUCUGAUUACGUCAUACGAUCAAGUGGUCUUCACGUCGAUACGGCGAAGAUUCAGAACGAGACUUCGUAUACAUAUUUCGGAGUUUUGCCAGGGACAUACAGUUUUGAUAUACAGCUCCUGGACGGGUUUCCCAAUGACGCCGGUCGGUGCCAGUGUCGGGACGACGAGGGAAGGUGCAAUCACUGCAACACCUGUCGUGGAUACACCUUCUCCGUGCCUGAUGAAACUAUUCACAUGACCGAAACCAUUCGCCUCACUGGAUCACAGAAUAUAAAUCACAGGACGACGUCGUCACGUGACAUUGGCAUCGUCUUCUCGCUAUCUGGCCUGCUGGUGGCGGUCAUUUUCGGGCUCUUUGUUUUGCACCGCAUGGGCUUCACAGUGGACUGUGGCGACACAGAAGACAUUUCGCAUGGCGACAAGAAACGACUUGUGGUUCUGGAAAGGCAACGCAUGUCAGACAUUGGACGAGACAUGAAGAUCAACUUUAUGAGGAAUUUCCGAUCGGGCGUUCUCGUUGAUCACAUAGUUUGUACAGUUCCUUUUAUAGAGAAAAUAAAACAGUUAUACACUUCACAAACUAGCACAACUGUUUGUAUGAAUAUUUUUAAGAAUAUAAAAAUCGUUCAGCGAAAACAAGCGUGUCUGUGCAUCUGCGUGGUGCUUGAAGACUUUAUUGACACAAACAUUGAGCAGACGAACGAAAUUCUACUGUUGGCAUCGCGUUACCAUAGAAAGAACAAUGUCCACUUGUGUUUUGUAUCCAGACUGGCAUACCCGGACAAUAUGUCAGAGAAAACGCGAAUUUUUUACUAUAGAACAGAUACAACAACAACAAAAGUAAAUCAGUUCUUUUUAGAAUCAUUGCAAAUACCGUCGUCUGACUUAAAACUUGGAGACGUUUGCAGUGACCGUACGACAUAUAACUCUCCCGUAACUCGCGCACGCGUUGUAUCUUAUGAUUCCGGAAAAGGAAGUAGCUGCUCAUCAUAUGACUGUGCAGUACCACCUGGCAGUGGCGUCAUACUAGACCCACCGAGACACCAUGGCAUGUGUUCGGCCUUAGUAUAUGACUACACCCCAACUGAAUACGACUCUUUGCUAGAACCGACAACAGUAUUUAGGCGCGGCAAAGAAAGCCGUUGCAUAUAUACAGAUGAAUUUCUCUGUUAUGAUGCUUUCGGGCGCGAAUUUCUGUGCAUUCCACCUGAAUUAGAAGACGAAGUGCUUAAAGACAAGGUCAGUAGUGCGGAUUCUCUGGAAGCCAUAAUGGACGAAAUGGCGGCACUGAAUGGUCGUUUUGAGAGUUAUUCUGAAGAAACCCUCAGCUUACUUACCGGUGACGUGUACAGUGUGUUUGAAUGUUUUGCUUGAAGUAGAUACUUACCGGGGAAGCGUACAGUGUGUUUGAAUGUUGUACUUGAAGUAAAUACUUACCGGGCAUGCACGUGUACAGUGUGUUUAAAUGUCGUGCUUGAAGUAGAUACUUACCGGGGACGUGUACAUUGUGUUUGAAUGUCGUGCUUGAAGUAGAUACUUACCAGGGACGUGGACAGUGUGUUUGAAUGUCAUGCUUGAAGUAAAUAUACUUACCAGGGACGUGGACAGUGUGUUUGAAUGUUGUGCUUAAAUUAGAUAAAAGGCUUUCAAAGGGCAAAUCUGGUAAGAUUACAUUUCCAUUCGUGCACACACUUAUUUAAAAAAUAUUUAUUCUUGUCAAAGUUUAAAAUAGAUAAAACUUUUUUUUUCUCCUACACGUAUGCCAUAAUCAAAUAUUAAAUUUUUGACGAAAAAGCGGGCAAUUCACACUUGUGUUUGUAUUGAGUUUUUUAAAUGACUAGUUGAACAUAUAUUGAAGGAGUUAAUGUGUUGCUCAUAGGAUUUUGUAUUUAACACGUGUAUAGCAUUUCAAUUGACAAUGUAGACGAAAAAUUACACCAAUCAACAACGCCUGUUGACAUGCAGUACCGGUUCGAAAUGAGGAGGAAUUGCAGAGGACUUGCAAAGCCGGUUUGAACUAAGAAUACAAUGUUGAAUAAAUAUCUCGCUAGUAGAUCCAAAUGAAAAAGUUGAAGUUAUGCAUUAAAUUUAUUAAUAUAAAUAGACACAAUUUAAAUCA